CCGUGUGUCGCGGUGCGUGUGUCUGCGUUGGCAGCCGGCAGACAUGGCGGCCUUCUCAGAAAUGGGGGUGAUGGCUGAGAUCGCCCAGGCUGUGGAGGAAAUGGAUUGGCUUCUUCCUACAGACAUCCAAGCAGAGUCCAUACCCCUGAUCCUCGGUGGUGGGGAUGUUCUGAUGGCUGCAGAAACUGGAAGUGGGAAGACUGGGGCUUUCAGCAUCCCUGUUAUUCAGAUUGUGUAUGAAACUCUAAAAGAUCAACAAGAGGGCAAGAAAGGAAAAACAUCAGUUAAAACUGGAAGUACAGUGCUGAAUAAAUGGCAGAUGAAUCCAUAUGACCGCGGUUCAUCUUUUGCAAUUGGCUCAGAUGGCCUGUGCUGCCAAAGCAGAGAAAUAAAGGAGUGGCAUGGCUGCAGGUCAACUCGAGGGGUUAAUAAAGGAAAGUACUACUAUGAAGUCUCCUGUCAUGACCAAGGAUUAUGCAGAGUUGGCUGGUCUACCCUGCAGGCCUCCUUAGAUCUUGGAACUGAUAAGUUUGGUUUUGGCUUUGGUGGAACCGGAAAAAAGUCUCACAACAAGCAGUUUGACAAUUAUGGAGAGGAGUUUACUAUGCAUGACACUAUUGGCUGUUACAUAGACAUUGAUAAUGGCACAGUAAAGUAUUCAAAAAAUGGUAAGGACCUUGGCUUAGCAUUUCAAAUCCCUGCUCACUUGAAGAACCAGGCAGUCUUUGCAUCAUGUGUUCUAAAGAAUGCUGAACUGAAAUUCAAUUUUGGAGAGGAAGACUUUAAAUUUCCCCCGAAGGAUGGAUUUGUGGCAUUAUCAAAGGCUCCAGAUGGGCAUGUAGUGAAAUCACAGAACACUGGAAGUGCACAAGUGUCUCAAGCAAAGAAUUUACCUAAUGCACCAAAAGCCCUUAUUAUUGAGCCCUCCCGUGAGCUGGCAGAGCAAACCCUAAACAACGUCAAGCAAUUUAAAAAAUACGUGGACAGUCCAAAACUGAGGGAAUUGCUCAUUAUUGGUGGUGUUGCAGCAAAGGAACAGUUAACGCUUCUUGAAAAUGGGGUGGAUAUAGUGGUGGGGACCCCCGGUAGGAUAGAUGACCUUAUAUCUACUGGGAAACUUAACCUUUCUCAAGUCCGGUUCUUGGUACUGGAUGAAGCUGAUGGCUUACUUUCUCAAGGAUAUUCAGACUUCAUCAACAGAAUCCAUGGGCAGAUCCCUCAGGUCACCUCUGAUGGGAAAAGGUUACAGGUGAUUGUGUGCUCUGCCACGCUGCAUUCCUUUGAUGUAAAAAAGCUGUCUGAGAAAAUCAUGCACUUCCCAACAUGGGUGGACCUUAAAGGAGAGGAUUCUGUGCCAGAAACUGUGCAUCACGUUGUUGUGCCUGUGAAUCCCAAGAAAGACAAGCAGUGGGAAAGACUUGGGAAAAAUCACAUUCGGACUGAUGGUGUGCAUGAUAAAGAUAACACGAGGCCUGGUGGAAAUUCCGCAGAGAUGUGGUCAGAAGCUAUCAAAGUAUUAAAAGGAGAAUACACUGUCCGUGCUAUUAAGGAGCAUAAAAUGGACCAAGCAAUUAUAUUCUGCAGAACCAAAUUAGACUGCGAUAACAUGGAGCAGUAUUUCAUUCAACAAGGAGGAGGACCUGAUAAGAAAGGACAUCAGUUUUCAUGUGUGUGCCUACAUAGUGACCGGAAACCACAAGAAAGGAAGCACAACCUGGAACGAUUUAAGAAAUGUGAAGUUCGGUUCUUGAUCUGCACUGAUGUGGCUGCCAGAGGUAUUGACAUUCAUGGAGUUCCAUAUGUUAUUAAUGUUACCCUCCCUGAUGAGAAACAGAACUACGUCCAUCGCAUUGGUAGAGUUGGUCGAGCUGAAAGAAUGGGUUUGGCCAUAUCUCUGGUAGCCGCAGAGAAGGAGAAGGUGUGGUACCAUGUGUGCAGCAGCCGUGGCAAAGGCUGUCAUAACACCAGACUUAAGGAAGAUGGUGGCUGUACCAUAUGGUACAAUGAGACACAGUUACUGUCUGAGAUUGAAGAGCACUUGACUUGCACUAUAUCCCAAGUAGAACCUGAUAUAAAGGUGCCCUUGGAUGAAUUUGAUGGAAAGGUGGUCUAUGGACAGAGAAGGGCUACUGGAGGUGGACUAUAUAAGGGUCAUGUAGAUAUUUUGGCCCCAACUGUGCAAGAGUUGGCAGCUCUGGAAAAAGAGGCUCAGACAUCCUUCCUGCACCUUGGAUACCUUUCUAAUCAGCUCUUCCGAACCUUCUGAGAGCACUUGGGGGAACAUGGAAGUGCUCAGUAGCUUCAUAGUGUUGGUUACCUUCAUACUGUUAUGGGGCCUAGUUAUCAAAGGGCUAAAAGACAAUCCAGCCUAUAGAAUACAGGUUUUUCCCCAUUUUUUUUUACUAUGGGAUACAGUGACAGGAAAUACAAGUGCAAGUGUCAGAAACCCUUACAUUUCCUGUGAUCAUUUCCUACAGUAAAAUGCACUGGUUAAGGCAGAGAACUGGGGAGUGGGGUCACUGGCACUGUCUACCUUUCAUUGCCCGUGUCUGUCCUUUUUUCUAUGUGUAUCGGUGAAAGGCAAUUUUGUGUACCCCCGCUACAGCAAGGUGUGCACUCUGCUAAUUCUUUAAAACAACUAGCAUGCCAAAUUUACUUAGGAUUUUGAAGUAGUUUUCUGCAACUUUAGUAGAGAAUUGUCUUUUUGUCCUUUGAUAACAUUUCCCCAGAAUGUGUGAUGCCAUGACACUAAAGAUACUGUCAUUUGGGAAAAUACAACUAUAACAUUUUGGUUAUGCUAAAAAAAAAAAGCACUUUUCCAAAUCAUUAUUUACUGUGAAUAUCAAAUUAUUCAAGGUUGUUUCGCUGUUUUAUUUUAAAUUAGAAAGUGCUAAAAACCCAUUAAUUUAUUGUAUAUUGCAGUUUGCUCGGAAAACUGGGUCAGCAAUAACUUGCUUGUCUCAGAGUAUUUUUCCUUUAUAACUGCCUUGAUAAAUGCAUCUCCGUAACAUGUCUGUCUGUACCUGUUUCCUUCUCAGAGCAAGGCCUAGCUGAAUUACUGUCUGACAGGUAACAUCUGAAUUUUGAGUCAGUCUGAGUAUUAAUGACACCAUAUAGAAAGUGCCAGAACAACUUCUAAAAUGGGAAAUGUAACAAUGAAUGAUGCUCUUAUUUAUAUUGCAUUGGGUUCCAUAAACAACUAAAAUUAUGAAUAAUAAUGGCACUUACCUUUCUUUCCACGCCAGUCCAUCUGGAAACAAACUAAUGCUCUGGAUAAACAUCUUGUUUUGCCCCAGCAGCGUGUAACCUGCUAAUGUUAUUUGCACAGAUUAAUGUGCUAUUAAAUAAAUGUACCCCAUGGCAGGCCCGGGAUAUGCAGAAUGUCAUUCAGUUCAUGUUUAAGAAAUAGCCAUGGUUUUGAAACA